ACCUCUCGCUAUUGCUCCAACGAAAUAAGACUGCGAGGAGCGAGUCUGUGUGGGAGCGAGCGAGGGGCGACGCGAGAGGCUCGAUCGCAAGUCGACGGACCGAUAGGGGUUUAAACGGUAACGGCGUCUUACCCGGGAUACGAAUGAUGUUAGGACACGUGCCACUAUUAACGCCGUGUUUUCAUAGACCUCUGUGCACGUUAACACACUGACUGACAUAAAUAUACAUCGAUUCGUACAUUUGUUUAACGAAGAGCUGCGACAUGAGCUUAAAAUCGAGGUGUCAGUGGCAUCCCCACGUGAAAAAGUGCGUCGAGUGUUUUGACGUUGCUCCAUUCCACGUGCUCCCAACUACGAGGCUACUCGAUUAACUAUUUCGCACGACAACCCUGUGUCUCUGGGUACCAAAUACUGCGGGGGGAAGUUCACUUUUGGAGGAACCGAAACGUACUCAGGAUACGGUGAGAGUGAGGUGCUUUUUCACUGUGAGAAAACCCACCGUUUGCUACGAUAAUCCCGACUCCGACGAACUUCAGUGCAGGGCAAAAGUAAAGAAAAAUUCAGUGACGACUGCUAGGAUUUCAGCACCGGAAUAUUGCAACAGUGCAGUUUUAUUUUCAUUUGAAUUUUACUCCCCACCUUCGAAAGUGCGUUGAGAGCCUCUAGGGUUUUAGUGAAAGGAGGGAAACUACAUGAGAAUUCGAAAUGAUGGAAUCUACGUGUCAACAGCAUCAGGCUCAGCAACAAAAUGGCACUGCAGCGAACAGAACGUCUUUUUUGAUCGAGGACAUUCUCAACAGGGGCAACGCUCAUCCAGCUGUUCAUGCACAACACCACCUCCAUCACCAACUAACACCUGCUCACAGCCAACAUCACCAGUACGAACAAUUCGCUAGUCUAUUACCAAGCUACCCGUCGGGACCACCGGCUGCUGCCUUUUUUCUUGGACCCCUUUUCGGUACCGCCGGCAUGGGCGUCGUGCCCGGCGUCAGUGAACUCGCCGCUCUCAAGCACUGCCGACGGCGAAAAGCCCGAACCGUGUUUAGCGAUCAGCAACUAGCGGGACUGGAGGCAAGGUUCGAGGCACAGAGAUACCUCAGUACACCUGAGAGAGUCGAGCUCGCAGCCGCUCUCCACCUAUCAGAGACACAGGUCAAAACGUGGUUCCAAAAUCGCCGAAUGAAGCAUAAAAAACAACUGAGAAAGUUGAACAACAGUAGCAGCGGAAGCGCCGGCCAACAGGGGAAUGGACAGCAACACUGCGGAGGGCAAUCUGGUUCGAUCACGUCGCCAGCUGAGCGUCCGGUGGAUUUUUCGUUGAGCGGCGGUCGGGAAUCGCGAGCGAGUAGCGACGCCCCGAUGGAUUCGGACUCGGACGAAAUCGACGUUCUCGGAGACGAGGCGCAAUCACCUCAGCCCGUGAGUCUCCACCUACCGAGACGGACCUCUUCGCCAACGAUUUUCCAUCGUUCCUCGCACCCGCAUCCGAUCGUGUUAAAUCACCAGCCGCAGCAUCAACACGUGCAACGUCAUCAUCGCUGAGACCACCAACGCAUUCGUCGUUCACACCUUUUCGCCAGGGAAAUUUGGAGUUUCUGCUCCCAGCAGGCAGUCCGUCAGUUUCUAUCUCGCUGCAAAGGGUCAAAAGUGCGUACGUACGUGAAUAUUUUUUUUUAUCAACAAACGCGCUCCGACAGCGACGAAAAAUAUAGCAAUUUUAAAUUCUCUAAAAUUAAACUCGCGCUAAGAAAUAAAUUUUGUUUAUCGAAGAAAAUCGAUUCGGAGGCACGUAAAUGUGGUGGACUCAACUAUAUUUUUCUCCAAAUGGCUAAAGUUUCCGUUCACUCAACAAAAGAACAGUUGCAUCGACAAUAUAGUUUCGGCCAACCGAAUGGAUUUUCUCCGAUGUAAAAUAUUUCUUAUCGCAGUCCAAAUUAACAAUGUGUGUCCAUUCUUUUACACGUCCGACUCACAACCUCAGACGAAAUGAUUUGUAGUACUUUAAUUAAGUUCUUUGUACAUAGAGGAGCAGCACACCUCGAUCCCAGCUGUUCUCAGAAACGUUGAUAUAACGAAAAUGGUUAAAAGUGGAAAAUCAUUUCUAGCCUUCUAGAAAAUAAUAUGAAUUUCGGUAUUUUUCCGUAAUUAUUUAUUUAUACGUAUGAUAGUGAAUAUUUGUUACCGCAAAUGUGAAAAAUUAUCGAUGUUUUUUGAAAAAAAAUGUGUUUUCGGUUCCUUGAAGGAGGAGAUUCAUACGCGACCGAUUUUGAGUCAAUUGUAGCUGUGAGACGAUAUUUUGUAUUGAUUUUCUUCUCGUUGUUUAUCUAUUCGGAGUACAUUCGAGAGGCAUUGAUCUGACAAAUUUCCGUAGACUAGAAAAACCAGCAGAUCAAAGUGAGAAUGCUGAAAACGGUUUUUCGACAUUUACUCCCCACCUCAACCGAAUUAACCUGCCCGGUACGAUUGCCAGAUAAAUUGCAUGUAACGAAGGAAAGUUUCGACGACGGUCAUUCGUCACAUCUGCUGACACGAAGCUCCAUUAGUAUUUCUUAUACACAGAGGAUCGUCCGAAAGGGGAUCACGAGAUUGUAAAUACGUCGAGACGCAUCGAGGAGACAAGACCCUCGACACGUCCGCGAAUAAACGAGAAAUUGUAAAGUUAA